CGGGUUCGCCUCUCUUAUCAAUAUUGGUACAUGUAUGUAUCUAUUAUUCUACAUGCACAGAAGCAGUGUCAGUAUAUUAUAUAUUGACAUCAGGUCAAGAAUGAAAAGUCGCGUGUAUCUCCAUACGUGUAUGAUGCCAUUUUAGGCUAGCGCACGUUGUCUGCAUGAAACCCCUCGGCAUGUUCUCGUUCUGUCCAGUCACGCGCACCACGAUAACUCCAGUCAAUGAUGGUGAUGGCCACACUACAUCUCGAACUAUCACCCUAAACUACGAUGCGACAAUACCAUGGCCCAGGAUAAUAGUGGCCCAUCGACCAUCCUCCAGCCGCGCAGGUUCAACCCUCUAGUUAAUCCGACAAAUGCAAGACCAGUUGUCGUUGAAGACCAUCCCCUCACCGCAGGCCCAUUAUUUCUUGCGCGGCCUCUGCUCGGCGCCUUGAUAUUCGAGAACACCGCGUCCGAUGCUCGCGAUCAUCUCGCCAACGAGCGCACUUUUCUCUCCUGGCUGCGGCUCGCCAUCUAUCUUGCAGUCGUCUCAUCUGCCAUCACAGUCUCAUUCCACCUCAAAUCUGCGCCGAGCACACUUGAGCGCCACAUUUCCUUGCCACUAGGCAUUGUGUUUUGGUGCAUGAGUUUGGCGUGUCUGAUCAGCGGGUUCUCGGUUUAUGUAACCACCGUGACCAAGUACAGUCGCAGGGUGGCGCUUGUGCAGAGUGGUUGGAGAACGCAAUUGUUUUUCACCGUAGUGGCUACGGUGAUUGUCGGUAGUUGUGUGUUGUUUCUGGCUACGAAUUCGAAGAAGUAGUAUAGUUGCUCUUAUAUAUCAGUUUGAGUGUUGGUCGUGCUGGUUGUUAUAUUUGAAAUAUGAAUACUCUUAUUCUAGAUGUUUUCGUUAAUUACAACAUGAAAGUAUCUUCUGUUUGAAA